AUGUCCGUUCAGACCCCACCCGCGAAAGCUGACCCCUUCCCCGGAGCCGCCGACCCGGUCCCACCGGAGCGAGUGCAGAAGUUCCAGCGUGGAGCCCCGCAGCAGCUGGAGGCCGUGUCCAGCGAGCGGCUGAAGCACCGGCUGACCUCGCAGGAGGAGAAGGCCCGAGCGGCGGCUCACCAGGCGGCCCGGAUGGAGCUGCUGCUGCUGGAGGAACCCGGGUUUCUGGAGGGGGACGGCGAAGAGGACACCUGCACCGUCACCCAGGCCGAUAUCGCUGCUGCCGUGGACCUCGCAGCCGGUGCCAAGCAUUUUGAGCUGCGGCUGGAUCGUUUCGGCCCCUAUCGGCUCAGUUACACGCGGAACAGCCGGCAUCUCCUCCUGGGGGGGCGCCGUGGCCACGUAGCGGCCCUGGACUGGCACACGAAGGCCCUGAUGUGCGAGAUGAACGUCAUGGAGACCGUCACGGAUCUCACGUGGCUGCACACGGAGGCCAUGUUUGCCGUGGCCCAGCGCAAGUGGCUGUACGUGUACGACAACCAGGGUGUGGAGCUCAACUGCCUGAAGCGCUUCCACGCCGUCCAACGGAUGGAGUUCCUGCCCUACCACUUCCUGCUGGCCACAGCGAGCGAGUCAGGGUUCCUGCAGUACCUGGACAUCUCGGUGGGGAAGGAGGUGGCCACCAUUUGUACCAAGGCCGGCCGGCUGGCGGUGAUGGCCCACAACCCUUCCAAUGCCAUCGUCCACCUGGGGCACAGCAAUGGGACGGUGACCCUGUGGAGCCCCAGCGCCAAGGCCCCGCUGGUCCGGCUGCUGUGUCACCAGGGGGCCGUGAGGGCCGUGGCCGUCGACCCCUCCGGGAGCUACAUGGCCACCUCAGGACUGGACCACAAGCUGCACAUCUACGACCUCCGGGCGUAUCGGCGCCUCCACUCUCUGCUGCUGCCCUCCGGGGCUGGGCAGCUGGAUUUCAGCCAGCGGGGGCUCCUGGGGGCUGCCUGCCAGGAGGUGGUGCAGGUGUACAAGGACAUCUCGUCCCGCCCGUCGCAGAAGCCCUACCUGUGCCACGGGCUGCCCGGCCCCUCCCACGGCCUCCGUUUUUGCCCCUUCGAGGACGUGCUGGGCGUGGGGCACGAGCAGGGCUUUGCCAGCCUUCUGGUCCCAGGUGCCGGCGAGCCGAACUUCGAUGCCCUGGAGAACAACCCUUUCCGCAGCCGGAGGCAGAGGCAGGAGUGGGAGGUCAAAGCUUUCCUGGAGAAGAUCCCGUCGGAGCUGAUCAGCCUGGACCCCACAGAGCUGGGCAGGGUGGACCCCAUUUCCUUGGACCAGCAGCACAAGGAGCGGGCGGAGAGGCUGGGCUUCGACCCGGAGGCCAAGGCGCCCUUCUCCCCUCGCCGGAAGCUGAAGGGCCGGGAUUCGGCAGGCAGCAGGCUGAAGCGAACGAAGAAGGUGGCCGCCGAGGAAGAACGGGCCCUGGUCCGGAAGAGCUUGGCUGCCAAGGCAGAGACAAAGCAGCGAGCGACACCCAAGGCCGCAGCCCCUGCAGCCCGCAGGUCAGCGCUGGAUCGUUUCCGGAAAUAG